AUGCCCUGCACUACCUCGGCGCAAGCCACGCUUUGCAAAGGCAACACGAGGAAGCAUGUGCAAAACCAACAGCUUCCACCAUCCGUACCCGCCCCAUCGUCAGCCGCACAUGUCGACCGAAGCGGCAACUCUAGGCUAACCCGGAGGUCUAGUUCGCUGGCUCCCGAACUUCCGGUUGGCCUGUGGCGUUUCGCCUUGAUCGGUCUCGAUGCUUUCCAGGCAUUGGCCUUGAUGCGCCACUUCUAA